UAGCGGUUGUAGCAGGUCUGCGGUGGGACGCUGCAUUAAUGAGGGACUAGCUAGCCCAUGUUAAUCACGACACGACAGCGAGAGGAGAGGACAGCAACUGCAGCGCAGCCGCUGCGUACUCUGGCAGGCUUAUUGCUCAGUUUAUUCGAAGCUUUGGCUAUUGGGUCAACAAAGGCAGCGUAAAUCUACUUUGUCAUUUAUCAUUACCUAACCAGAAAACGGAGUAUUCACAUCUGAAAAGAUUAGCUGGACUAGGCUACGGAAAUUAGGAAGAGAUGGAGAGGGAGCAUUUCGAAGAGCGGGACCCGGGUCAGAGGCACGGCUCUGGCGCACGAGCAAAUGGGUUGCCAAGUCCGCCACACAGCGCACAUAGCAGCUUGUUCCGAACGCGCACACUGAAGGCGCUGAGUGUGGAGAAGAGGGCAAUGAAGGUCCGAUUCUAUCGGAAUGGCGAUCGGUACUUCGAUGGCAUUGUCUACGCCGUCUCUGGCGACAAAUUUGGAUCAUUUGGCGCACUACUGGCCGAUCUAACUCGUUCCCUCUCUGACAACGUUAACUUACCGCAGGGUGUCCGGACCAUCUAUUCAGUUAAUGGGUCAAAAAAGAUUACAUCUAUUGAUCAGCUUGUGGAAGGGGAGAGUUAUGUGUGUGCAUCUAUUGAAGCUUACAAAAAGAUUGACUACACCAAGAAUGUCAACCCUAACUGGUCGGUGAAUGUGAAGGCCUCAGCCAACUGCAAGCCACCACCUUCCUUGGCAAGUACAAAACUAGGGUCCACCGAGGUGAAGAUGUACAAGGACUUCAUCCGGCCAAAAUUAGUGACCAUCGUCCGUAAUGGUAUGAAGCCUCGCAAGGCUGUGCGCAUCCUCCUGAACAAGAAGACAGCCCACUCGUUUGAGCAGGUCCUCACUGAUAUAACAGAUGCCAUCAAGCUUGACUCAGGUGUGGUCAAGAGGAUCUACACUCUAGAUGGCAAUCAGGUCACGUGCCUUCAGGACUUCUUCGGGGACGAUGAUGUCUUCCUCGCAUGUGGCUCUGAGAGGUUCCGCCAUCAGGAUGACCUUCUGCUGGACCAACAUGUAGAAAAACCACAACACAACUCUUUUGAACUCUGGACAGACAGUCAAGGUGCCAAAAAAGAGACCAGGGUGGUGAAGUCCAGGACUGUUGGCCUGUCCCACCGCAGCCAGUCCACUUCUGGCUCAGUGAAUGGGACUUCAGCAAGUCCGGUGUCGACAACGCCUCACUCCAUGAAGUCACCCAGCCCCUCACCCAUCAGCCAAGCCAACAUGAGAAAACGCAAGGACAAGGACCAGGUCACAACUGAAUGCACAGCUUGAACUCCCUUGAGUUCUGAUAGCGGAAUUAGCGUGUUGGAAGACCAAUUGAGUAAUCCCCUGAAAACCUUAGAGUCUGUGAAUGGGGUGGCUGACCACUGACUGGGCCGAGGCAGCUGCAUUGGAUUCGUCCCGCGAGGCGCUCUCUCUCUUUCUCUUUCUCCGUUCUCAUGCCGCCAUUGUGGUUUUCGAGAGCCCCAAACGCCAGUGAUUGACAGUGGAGAGUGCCCCCGCUGCCUUUUUGCUAGAUUUGUUGUUCUGUACGAGUGUAACGUGCUUUUCAUGCUAGAGACGUGCUAGUGAACCAUCUGUGUGAAUUAAAGCUACCACAAAGCAAAAGACAAAGGAAAUGAGCAUGCAACUCGACAGGGAUGAUGGGAUUUCUCUGCCGUUCUCUUUCCGUCCGAGAGUCUGUGUGUGAGAGUGGGUUUAAGCAUGCAGGCCUGUGGUCGUGUGUGUGUGGUGUGUGUGUGUGUUUGUGUGUGUGUGUGUGCGACUACAUCAAAGCAAUCCCCUAAUCCCGCCUUCGAGACUUGAUGACAGGGAGAGGUUUAAUUCUAGAAGCGUUGAAUGUUAAACCAGAAAAGUCCAGGCCCAAAUCUUGCUUGUCAUUGGUGGCUGUGCAUAAUUUUGUUCUAGCGCUAAGCUAAAAAACUUUUUUUCUGUGCCCUUCCUCCCGCUUUGUUUGUCCGCCAUGACCUUAUCCUCUAGUCUCGAGGCCUCCAGCCCCCCAUCCAGUAGAUUUAACACUUGCCACUCUAUCCAUAGCUGCCAGCGGAUUUAAUGGUUGGCAGUGGUCAAGUGGUCAGAGCCUGUGAGGAGAAAAAACGUGUGGCAUUUGAUUUGCUGCUUAGCGCUUCUGUGAAGUGUGCCAUUACUGACCCGGGCGAGGAUUAAUUGGAGGAUGCCCUCCUCAGGCAACACAGAGGAUUAGAGACUGACCUGGAAUCAGUCAUGUUAUUCCAGGCCUGACAGGAAGUACCUUUCUGUCCUGUCGUUUACCAGAUUCACAGAUUAUUCGCCCCAACCCCCAAAUGAGAACUUCAUCAGUAUUCAGUGUUCAGGACUCCUUUCUUUCCGGAACUUAUCUCUGCAUUGAAAAUACGUGCCCUGGGUACACAGGAAGCAAGGCAAGAGUUUUGUUAUUUUUAGACACUGCUAAAUAAUGUAAAACAAGUUAUUCUAUGUUUAUACCGCUGUGUAACUCCUGUUCGUGUCCUCAGUCGUGCCAGGGUGCGGUUGUGGAUGGGCUUAGUUCGUUAACGUUGUCCCUGAGAGAGCCUUAUUCUCUGCGGAAUGAAAUGGUUGUCUGACAUUUUUUGUCACCGAUAUUUGUGGUGUAGGGAAGUAGAAUCGCCAGCCUUGUGAUUGAGAUGAGUCCAUAAACUUCUGCUGAACGUUAGGAGGAACUAGCAUAGACUAUGUUUUUUUUUUCAUAGAGAGACAAAAACAUUUCCAUUGACGAAUUUGAGAAGAAUUUUAAAACUCUUCUUACAGCCCCAUUGAGCACAUCCCUCAAACAGCACACAAGUCAUACACAAGUAUGACAUUCAGUGAUGUUUGAAAGGAGGCUGCUGGCAAAUCCCAUCCUGAUUUUCAUUCUGAUGAAAGAACAGUCCUCUCUCUCUCUCUCUCUCUCUCUCUCUCUCUCUCUGUUCUCAUCUGUCUGAUCCCUCCAUGAGGCAGAAUUUGGGACAGCCAUAUCAGUGCAAGGCAGAGGCAUCAUAGUAGCUUUUCAACCAUCUGCCUCAUAAGUGGGUCGCACUUUGAAGACAGAGAGGAGGAAAGUGGGGGGUGGUGGUGGAUGGGAGGAGAAAACCCUACUUCACAAUCUGUGAAUGGGGGGAAGGGGACCAUCUCCCACAUGAGUGAGAUGUAUUUUCCAUAUGCUCGCUGAGAAGCUCUGCUUCCGUGCAAUGCUCAGGUCUGGCUGUAAGCGCUUUUGCUGCAUCCUCAUCACAAAACUCAUCCACAAUGCACAGAAAGGCAAGGACACCUGCCAAGGACACCUGGCAAGGACACCUGAGGUCAUGAACAGGUUGAGCUUAGUGGCAUCGGUUUGGGGGCUCAUGACGGCUUCAGUGUAUGUGACGCACUUUGCUCCUGUGUAAUAAUGAUGUGGAACUCUAGAUAUGUCACAGCAUAGAGAGCUAGCGAGUGUGUCACAGCAUAGAGAGCUAGCGAGUGUGUCACAGCAUAGAGAGCUAGCGAGUGUGUGCCGCCUGCUGCGCACGUUUCCGUGUCCUCUAGGCAGAUCUGUUGCAGGUUUUGUGUCGCAUACCAUGGAGAGCUGCUGAGACCAAAUGUAUGUCCUCAUUCAGAAUUCAGUGUAUCAAAGUCUGCCCAUUUUCCAUCACACUCAUUGCCUAGCUGCUAGGCCCUAGCAUCUUUGGUAGGAGUAGUUUUACAGGCAUUAAAAGAUCAAUAGACUUUGGAAACUAGAGAUUUGUGGGUGAAGUCCCUAAAGUAAGGUAGUCUUGGCACUGAAAACUGGGACAAAUGCCCAUCAUUCCUCCCUGGCAGCAUAACUCAGUAUAAUAGAUAUUUUCAGGCACCUCCCUCACAUAGAAAGCAUAUUCAUUUCAUCAUACAGUAGCAUUAACCAAAUCCAUUGUUAUCCUUUCAAUCAUAUUUUGUAAUUGAAAUGAAUUUGUUUUCUUCUCAUUGUUUCACCAAUAUUUUAACGAUUUAACAUGACCAUAUCUGGUUCAUUAUUCAUGGAUCAUUAUUCUCAUCCUGAAGCUCCAUCAUGGAUCCAGGCAUGCAGAGAAAGGCAUGAUCUAGUGUGACCCAGUUAAAGACAUUAACGAGACAAGAGGAAAAUCUUUAGCAUUCUCCUCACUGUAUAGUUGCUGGCCAUGUAUCCUAAGGCUCUUUCUCACACACACACACACACACACACACACACACACACACACACACACACACACACACACACACACACAUUGUUAACUCUCCCUUCCCCCUUUCCUUCAUCCGCAAACAGAAAGAGGGUCAACCACAAUUAAAACCAUGUUAGUGAUCAUGGAAAAAAAAUGGUGCUGUGCUUUUUUCCCCUCUUUUUUUCAAAUUUCAUUUCUUCACAUUUUCACUUCCGGCGUCAUUUCAUUUAAAGGCCAAAUCUCCACACACUUCACACGCUAUGUGGGUGUCAGUGGGGAUGGCAUCUCACCUCUCCCCUGUCGUCUCCUUAUCUCUCACACGUUAACCAUUACUAGCUGGCCACAGGGUGCUCACGCCUGACGAGUUGCAUGCUCUUUCGCUUCAUCAGUGUCUGUUUGGUUGCAUGUGUGCUGUGGAGUCCAGUUGAGAGUGCAAUUGAUUUGUACAUUUGUUUUCUGCUGUAUGUAUAUUGUUUGUGUGUUUGUUUGUUUAUUUGGGGGUCGUUUUGUAAAGGUUUGUGUGGUGGGAGGUGAUGGUGUUUGUAAUGCAUGUGGUGUAUUUGUCUCUCAUGGUGCAAAUUGUGUUUCUCUCAUGCAUCUCACAUCCAUCCAAAUAGCGUCUACUGUCAUAAACAGCAUCUCCCUCCUGCAAACACUUUGCCUAGUAUCUGUACAGCUCAUGUUUUGGCAUUUUUUUGGUUGUUAGUGCAACCUCCCAUUUACCAUUCAUUGUCAUUAAACUCUCAAAAACCAGCAAUGUACAGAUUAUCUGUUCAUCUUCUACAACUGCCAUUCAACAUCUUAUUUAUUCACAGUAACAGUGUGAUACUGGUCUCAUUCAUUGUCAGUCUCGGGUUUGGUUGUCUUGGGGUUACCUUCUUUUACAUAUGUGUGCAGCAUUCCCCAUCUCAUUUCUGAAUGUUCUGUAGAUUUGUUCUUUUGUUAUUUUUUUCUUUCAUUCAUGUUGUGAUGUAUGUCAGUCUCUCCUCGUUCAUUUUGAUUUGCUGAGCAAUUAUAGGGCCAUUUUGUUUUCUAAAUCUCAGUAGGAUCUAAAUAGGAUUCUAAAUCUAUUAUUUGAUUUCCAUUGUUUUUCCUAUUGUUUUCAUGUCAUUUAGUUAUUCUCUCAUUUCAUCCAAGCUUCAUCCUGUGAAUAUUGCAUGUGUUAUGUGCUUGUUGUGGACAGCAUCAUUGUGUAUAUGUUGUGUUUCAUAUGAAUCUGGAACCUUUCCUGAGUUAUUAAACAAGAACCAAGCCAAA